AAGCUUAAGGACUAGAAACAUCGCUAGUGGAAAAAAUAGACAAAUUCAAUUUUCCAGGCUAAGCAAAUGCUAAAUCAAGCUAUUAAUGCAACAGAAACUAUUUAUAACCAAACCAGCAGGUGCAGCAAACCAGCCCCCCUUCUUUUUCUAAGUAGCAAAACACCCCUCUCCCACAAGAAGGCAAAUGGGGCCCCGUUUUUCUCCCCAGCCUCUGCUUUUCUUUCCUUCCUGAGCUCAGGAGCAAAGGCUGCAGGGGGGUCUGGGCAUCCGGUUCCCACCACCAGGCCCAGGCCAGGCAGUUCUUGCAGCCACAUUGCCAACACGUGACAGGAAACCCAGCAGCUUUUGAUCUCUUCCCAGCUGCUGCAGUAGCAGCACCAGGCUGAGAUGGCCACAGCACCAAUUCACUCCUGCUCUGGGCUCCUUGGACUCCGCUUCUCCCAUGUCCUCCUUGCCUUCUUGUGCACCUUUGUGGGCAGUGGCUCUGCCGUGACAGUAAUCCAAACUCCAAGCUUUGUCAGUGACUCGACUGGGGGGAAAAUUUCCUUCAGUUGCUCUGUGGAUGAUACAAGCUACAGGUUUUAUUUAUAUCACCAAUUGCCUGGGAAAACAGAAUUGAAAGUCAUCGGGUACCUGUCCACUGGUAGUAAAACCCUUGAAGAAAUUCCACCUGAAUUGACGAAUCGGCUGGAAGGAAAGGGUUCCAAGCAUGAGAACCCAUCUAGGCGGGAAUUGCGUUUGGAAUUAUCAAAACUUCAGGCGAAUGACACAGGCUUCUAUCUCUGUGCUGCAUUGUACACAGUGAAAGAGAAAGAAACAGUGGCAGAUGCAAAACUGAGUAUCAGGAACAAAUCUGCCCUUUACACUUUUCUGUUCAUAUCCACCUUUUACCUGACAUCCAUGGAUUGCAAGAUCACAAGAACAGACCUGCACGAUGAGGGCCAGGCUGUUAUAGGCCAGCAUCUCAGGUCUCACAGUGGCCAGCCAGAUCUCUUCAGGCUGCUGUCAAAGAAAACAUGGAUACAGUUCUUUUCCUAUAACUGGAACUUGAAGGCUUGGUGCCCCUAA